AUCAUUUAUAGAUUAUAAUUAUUGAUACCGGAUAAUAUGUCUAGUUUCAGUAGUUUGUUUGGAGCAGCCGAUAAGAAGGCUGGCUAUGACGAAGUAGUUAGUAAUUUAUUUAGCAGUUCUGCUGAUGGUCCAGUGUCCAGAGAUCAAUUGAAAAGUUCGAGAACCGUAAUUGAUAUUCCUCAGCAAGAGGAAGAAGAAGAGGACGAAGAUGACGAUGAAGAAGAUGAAGACGAAAAUGAAGAUGAAGAUGAAGACGACGAUAGUGAAGAAGAUAGUGAAGAAGAAGAAGACGAUGACGAUGAAAGCAAUGAUGAAGAAGUAGAAGUGCCUAUCAAGAAAACAAAGAAAAAGGAUGCCGAUGACGACUUGGAAGAUAAAUAUUAUGCUAAAUUAUUAAAGGAUGAUGCAAAAGAUGAACCACAAGAAGACAAAGAAUCUGAAGAUGAUGACGAGGAAGAAGAAGCUAAAGAUACUAAAAAUGUAAAGGGUAAAAAGGCUACAGCAAUUGAAUUAAAGGAAUCCGAAAUAGAGAAAGCAGAAAGAACUGUAUUUGUGGGUAAUUUAACUGCAGAAGUGCUUAAUUCCAAACAAAUUGCUAAGAAAUUAAAACAAUUAUUUGGUCAAGUAGGUAAAAUAGAAUCUGUUAGAUAUAGAUCUAUUGCAUUCGAAGAAAACUUACCUAGAAAGAUUGCUGUUGCUAAAAAGAAUUUACAUAAAUCAAGAGAUACAUUAAAUGCUUAUAUUGUUUUUAAGGAUAAAGCAGUUUCAUUAAAAGCUGUUGCCAAAUUUAAUGCUACUGUAUUUGAAAACUUUCAUCUUCGUGUUGAUCAUAUUGCUCACCCUUCUCCAAAGGACAAUAAAAGAACAAUCUUUGUAGGUAAUUUAGAUUUUGAAGAAAAGGAAGAAACAUUAUGGAGAUAUUUUAAUUCUAAAUUGGAUAAUGAUGUCGAAUCCGUAAGAGUUAUUCGUGAUUCUAAAACUAAUGUUGGUAAAGGUUUUGCCUUGGUUCAAUUUAAAGAUACAUUAUCUGUUAAUAAAGCAUUAUUUUUAAAUGAUAAGCCACUCAUUAAUGAACAAGAUACCAAAAAGAAGGCAAGAAAAUUACGUAUAUCAAGAGCUAAUUCUCAUGCUAAACCAUCUAUAUUAUCACCAAAUCAUAUUGAUAAUGUUAAGAAAUCUUAUGCAUCCAAUAAAUCAAAAUUGAAUAAUAAUUUAUCUGAACAACAAAAGGUUAAAAUAGGUAGAGGUAAGUCUAUUUUAGGUAAAGCAGAUAAAUCAGCUAUUGGUAAAGUUAAAAGGCAAAUUGUUGAAGGUCAUAGAGCUGCUAAGGGACAACCAAUAGUUGGAAUUAAAGGUCUCAAGACUGGAAAGGUCAAGAAACCAAGAAUCAGAGAUAGAUCUACCCAAUUUAAGAAGGAGAGAGAACAAAUUAAACAAGAUUUCGUUAAGAAGGAUGUUAACUCGAAACCAAGAGCCAAUUACAAUAAAGGUAAGUCAUCAAGUAGAUAGGCUAUUUAGCAUUAUGUAUUGCAUAACCUUGUAUAAUAGAUUAAUUAUUAGCUGAUUUCGGAAGUUGAUAAAUUGUAGAUUCUUUCUCCUCUCCGUAUCAAUUGAUAUUGGAGUUAUCAAUUGAUUACUACGGAUAGACGAUGAGGACGUAAUUCGGAGUAAUUUUCAUAAUCUUUAUAGAUAGGCACAAAGACAAGAAGUUACCACUUACAACAGAUAAAAUCCCCAACUCGAACAAUCUGUUGUUUACAAAACUGCAUACCAAAAAAAUAUAAUACUUCACUUAAAUUAAAUUCCAAAUACUAACUAUACGGUAGAGUUAGAGAAAAUUCCGAUCUUUUUAUAAGAAAUUUCAUCGGGUGGAAUCUCCUCUUUUUCCCAUUUCAAAUUAGAAUAAAGAUAGCAAUCAGUUAGAUAACAAACUUUUCAUAGAGAACCAU